AUGGCGCUACGCAAUGCGAGGGACGGCGGGGGAGGGGCGAGAGGGAGGGCAUCCGAUGCAGCUGCUACGAGGGCUAUGGACGAGUUUGAGACACUGGCAGGCCUUCGAAGGAGUGCCUACAUGCUGGAGCACCUCGCCACCUUCACCGUCACGAGGGAGACCGGCAUCGUCUAUCCGGCAGAUGGCAUGAGACGGCUACUACAGUUGGAAAAAACCAAUGGAAUAUGGAGUCAAAAAAUGCAGCUGUCCUUGGAAGACCAAUGGGUAUUAAUCAUGGAUUACGAAACAGCGUCAAUAAUGGAGCGUUUCCCGGUGUCGUGGGUGCACUCGCCCACCGCAUUUACGUCUCCCGAGCCAGCCGAGCUGUACAACAACGUGCUCGCCUUCGUGGUGGGCGCGCCGGAGGGCGCGGGCGGGGGCUCCCCUGCCGGAGCGCGCAGGGAGCUGCACAUCUUCCAGUGCCAUGACGUCGGCGCGCAGACGCUGGUCGAGGAACUAAAUUCCCUGAAGGGAGUCGGCAGCGGCGGAUCCGAAGGCGGACGUGACUUUAUGAUUGAACGUGAAAGAGAGAGGGAGAGAGAAACUGAAAUGGAUAGACCACGACGACAGCAAAUGUCGGCGCAGCUGGGCCGAGGAGAACGUGGAGGUUCAGGGGGCGAAAGAGAUGAUGCUUCAUCUACGGGAUCAGAAAGACUGUACGAGCAAGAUAUAGCCAUACUCAAUCGAUGCUUUGAUGACAUAGAAAAGUUCAUCGCCCGGCUCCAGCACGCAGCCGCCGCGUCUCGGGAGUUGGAGAGAAGACGACGGUCUCGUGGGGGCGGGAAGCGCAGCGCUGGGGCCGGGGAGGGCAUGCUGGCCUUGCGCACUCGUCCACCACCGGAACGUGACUUUGUUGAUGUCCUGCAAAAGUUCAAACUAUCCUUCAACCUGCUAGCGAGGCUUCGUGCUCAUAUUCACGACCCGAAUGCGCCUGAAUUAGUGCACUUCUUGUUCACACCACUGGCACUGAUCGUGGAUGCGGCUCAAGACGUAGCGGACGGGCGUCUCCCGGCCCGAGUGGUGCAGCCGCUGCUCACCCGCGACGCACUCAACCUCCUUGCCAACUGUGUAACCAGCAAAGAGACGGAGCUGUGGCAUUCUCUCGGCGAUGCCUGGCUCAUACCAAGAGAACAAUGGAAGACGACGAUACCGCCGUACCAACCCGUGUUCAUGGACGGCUGGUCCCCGGACUACCAAGUAGACGACCAGCCUCUUCGAAGGGCUUCGCCGCGACGGAGCGAGGGCCGCGGGCCCGAGGCGCCGGUGGCGGAGGAGGCCGCGGGGCGGGCGGAGCGCUCGGAGGGCUACGGUUACGAGCGAGACGAACCUGACAUUUACGGAGAGCAAUAUGCUCCGUACACAAGAAACACAAGAACGUUGACGCGCGAGGACUCUGGCUCGGCUGCUUCUUCGCCGGAACGCGAGCCGCCUUACAGAAGUGAUCGAGAUGAUGAUGACCUGGGCGAGGCGUGGGCGCGCGGCGUGGCGGCGCGCGGGGGGCGCGUCGUGCGCGUCACCUACCCGCGCACCGCUAACAACGACAAGGAACUCACUGUCGUACGUGGGGAGUACCUUGAGGUUCUAGACGACUCGCGGAAAUGGUGGAAGGCGCGCAACCGGCGCGGCGUGACGGCGCACGUGCCGCACACCAUCGUGGCGCCCGCGCUGUCGCCGCCCUCCUCGCCGCAUCUCUACCCCAACCCCAUCUACACACACUAUCAGGAGGGCGGCGGUCGUGGUUCGGGCGGCAGCAGCCCUACGAACAUGCCGGGUAGGGGAGGCGAGCGGGGCGCGGGCGGGGCCGGCGGGGCGGGCGGGGGCGGCGCGGGAGGGGCGGGCGGCGCGGACUGGGUGCGCCGCGAGCGGCUCGGCAAGAAGGGCGAAUUCCGAUAUUUU